AUGGAAACACGGAGCGGAUCACAAAGCUGGGUCCGCAACACGGCGUCGUCGGUGGACGGCCGAGCGGGUGCGGGCGAGGCGGAGGCGCCGCCCGCACCCGACGCGGAGGCGCCUGUGCGCCGCCGACGACACCGCCCGCUCUACCGCCGCCUGUUCCACUAUUUCCGCACCGCGUGGACUGGCGUCAAGUUUGCUCUAGGUCUCACAGCGCGGUCCGAAAAUUCAGAGCUCGAGGAGUUGGGUGAACAGCUGCCCCGGUACCGCCCGGACUCGAUCGCAGCGCUGCGUCGAGCUACACGCUUCACAGAACCGGAGCUGAAGAGAUUGUACCGUGGGUUCAAGGCAGAAUGUCCGACGGGCGUAGUGAAAGAAGAUACUUUCAAGCUUAUAUACUCGCAAUUUUUUCCACAAGGAGCCAACACUGCACAGUAUGCUCACUAUGUUUUUAAUACACUGGACCAAGAUCGAAGCGGAUUGUUAAGUUUUGAGGAAUUCGUUACUGGCCUGUCUGUUCUUUCAAGAGGAACGUUAGAAGAGAAGUUGCGUUGGACGUUCUCAUUGUAUGAUAUAAAUGGCGAUGGAUAUAUAACGAAAGAAGAAAUGACUGAAAUUGUAAAUGCUAUUUACGACCUCAUGGGCAAAAUCGUAGAGCCUAUGAUUGAUGAUGAAGUAGUGCGAGAAAAAGUCGAAAGACUAUUUCAGAAAAUGGAUUUGAACCGCGACGGUGUGUUGACUAUGGACGAGUUCCUGGACUGCUGCCUUCGAGACGAAGACAUCACGCGGUCUAUGGGUGUGUUCGACAGUAACUUCUGACGCGCCGCGGUCGCGCGCCCGCACUAGCGCGCUCGCAGACGCGCCUCCGCUGCAGUCGUGUAGCGUGAGAAGCAUAUUAGUAUAUAGUGUUUUAUCUAUGGUGAGAAGGGUACAGGCAAACAUCAAGAAUAAGAAAUUUGAAAGACUUUUACUUAAAACUCGUAAUUUAUUAAUAAUUUUUUUUUAUUUAUUUUAAUAUCAGGCUAAAUCUGAAUUAAUGAUCUAUAAAAACAUUUUUAUUGAUGAUGAUCAACAUAGGUAAAUGUGGUUGGUUAGCUGAAUUAUUUUUUUCAUGACGACUUUUGUCUCAUUUUAGAGUAUACAAAUAUCAUUAUAAGAUUUUUGUGUUUGACGAAAAUGUGUUAUCGAGAGAGAAGAAAAGAGACAUUGCUGGUUUUUUGCCUGUACCCUUCGUUUGUCAAAUGUUUACGAAUCUAAUAAAAUACAAUCGUAAAUCUUCCCUUUGAUUAGCGAAAUUACGCAUUUUACUGGAAUUAAAUUUUUAAACUUUCGAUUUAUUACAAAAUAAUUAUAGAUAAAUGUUUCUAAAUGUGUUAAUCCCAAAACAUUGCUGCUUGACUUGUUAUAAUUAUCGGCUUUGUAAAAUGAAGGGUAAGCUUUAGAUUACAUAAAAAUUCGUAGUCACGAUUAUGGAAAGAUAAAUGGGAAACAAUAAAAUCGAUAUUAUUAUUGAGCCUUAUAGAAAUAAAUGCAAAAUUCGAGCUCGAACAACUUUAAAUCUUAAAAUUUUCUGAAUCGUAGUUUAACUAAUAAAUGUCUUCUCCUAUAUAUAGAUAUCUAUUUUCACUAGAUCCUUAUUACAAAUGAAUAAAUAGAGAAAUCAAAUUAUCUGUCUAGUAUCUACGAGUACGAUUUCUAUCUCUUUCAUGUAAAUGUUGAAAUAAGAAUAGAGUGAAGAAAACUACUUUAAGUUCAUUAAUAUUUUAUACAGUUAAGUGUCCAUAAUGAAUGUGUAGAAAUGCCAUCAACUAAGUCAAUGGCUGUGUAAAUCGUAGAUAUGUUUGUAUAAAUUAUGUAGAUAGAUACGAGAAUGUAAAUCUCAACUUAUAUUUGAAAAUAUUCACCUUUUCCUAAAAACUACUGACUAAUUCUCAAUUUUCCCCGUCGGUAAUUAUUUGUUUUAAUCAAACUCGAGUCUAGCUUUUUCACCCUUCUUUUUAAUUAUUCCGGCCAUUUUUAAUAGUUUUAGAAUAAUAAUUCUAUGACAAUGUAAUAAUAAUAUAGCGUUUACUCAAUUUUAUUCAGCGUAGGUGUCCUGCUUGGAAUACAAUAAUUUCUAAAUUUUAUUUUGUUACCUUUUACUCAUUUUUCAACAAAAUCUGGACUGAUAGAUAGCAAUCUUAUAAUAACAAAUUGUUUUAUCGCUGCUUACUAUUAAUAAUUACGAGGUUUAUGAUAAAACAAAACAAUCAACAAGUCUAUUUCAAUCCUGUUCAUGAAAAUUUUAAUUUUUUAAACCGAUUAUCAAUUGUUAACUGUUUAUUUAUUAAAAUAAACUUUGAUAUUACAAAUUGGGAAAACAAAUAACAUAUAUUCUAUACGCCACAUUUGCAAAUUGGCUUAAAGAAAGUUAUUGAAGUAUAAUAAAUGAUAAUUUAUGUUUUAUAUAUUACAGUAACAGCCUGUGAAUAUCCCACUGCUGGGCUAAGGCCUCCUCUCCCUUUUUGAGGAGAAGGUAUGGAGCUUAUUCCAUCGCGCUGCUCCAAUGCGGGUUGGUGGAAUACACAUGUGGCAUAAUUUCAGUGAAAUUAGACACAUGCAGGUUUCCUCACGAAACAUCGUGUAUCCUUCACCGUAUAGCACGAGAUGAAUUAUAAUAACAAAUUAAGCACAUGAAAAUUCAGUGCUGCUUGCCCGGGUUUGAACCUACGAUCAUCGGUUAAGAUUCACGCGUUCUUACCACUGGGCCAUAUCGGUUUUUUUAUAUUAUUUAUAUUUAAAUAACUUGUAUAAUCUAAUCUACCUUUUGACUCUAAUAAGACAUUUAUUUUCAUCAAGUCUUUUGUAAAACACAUUUCAAAAUUGGAAUAGACUUUGAUUAGAAAUUUAAAAAUGAAAAAAUGCAUGGCUUAAAAAAUAUUCUUACAAUUUCUAAUAAAAAAAACACUGCCACUACGUUAAUAAUAACAAAAAAAACGAUACUAGGCCAGGAAAUAAUUUUCCCUCACCAUCAUUGAAUAAGAAAAAUAACGCAUUCUAUAAUUAUUGAAAACAAAAAUACUUAAUCUUAACUUUUAAAAAGUGUAGAACAAGCAAAAAGGUUUUUUAGGGUUUCAAAUUUGGAAUUGUGUUUUGCUAUGUAUCAUACAAAUGCCAUGUAAGUCGCUUUAGCCACUGUGUAAGCUUAAGUUGAAACUUCAGUUAAUAUCGAAAGAUAUUAAAAAGGUAAUGGAUAACUUUCAAUAAUCGCACAGAUCUGUACCAACCUGUUAUGCAUUUUGCUUUGAGAUCUGAAAUCAAAAUGCAAAUCAAUAUUCACUCGUAUCAUCAUAAUUAUAUGCUGGAAUACUUUAGAGAAUCAAAGCGAGUAAAUAAGCAACAUUAUAAAGUGAGGACCGUAGUAUGUUAAAGGUAUAUUGGAUGAAUAUUAUAUUUAAUUUCAUUGAAAUUUAUUAACAUUCAUAUUUCUUAAUAGAAUUAGUUGAUAUUUAAAAUUGACUUGUUUGCUAUAAAUAUUAAUAAUAAAAUGCUGUUAUCAAUAAUUUUAGUGCUCAUUGGAUUGAAACUACGCAAAUAUAUAACGCGUUUAAUUAAGUAGGUAUAUAUGUACAUCAAACGAUAUAACCUACUUAGUUAAACACAAUAGUUAUUUGUAAAGUUGGAAUUAAAUAGUAUUUCUAUACGGCCCCUAUAUCUACAAAUAAAAUAGAAAAAUAUGUACAAGACGGGAGUUCUUUAAUUAAAAAAUAUAUUAAACAAAAUCAUCUUUAAUCAUUAUUUUAAAAUUUCCUGUGAAAUAUAGCAUACUCAUAAAAUAAAAUUUAGUGACUCAAAAAGAAUCAUCAAGGAUUACGUUGACAAAUAAUUAUUAGCUUUUGCUUAAUUUGACGUUACAAAUAUACUUGUAAUUGAACUUGGAGCACAAAAAAUAAAGCGAAAUUCAUAGUAUCGCUGUUGAUAAAUGUUAUGUGUUACUAUUUAUUUGAAAUGUCAAAGACGAAAAGACCAACAUACGACAACGGUUUAAAUAUGCUACGUAUAUCGCUAAGUCGGUCUAAAAUUAUGUCGUUUAUGGACUCAAAUAAAACACGUAAGAGAUAUUAAUUUGCUAUGUAUCUAAAACACGUAUAUAAAAAAAGAAAUUGUGACGUUUGUUGUUUUACGACGUUUAUUUAACUUCUAAUAAAAUAACUAUAUAACUUGACUAUCCUUUUUAUUUAUUAGGUACAGACAGCAAUUGACUAUCUUUUGUUUAUCAGCUUGGAGACAUAUUUUCGUUUGUAGUAGUGCAACCUUAGCUGAUAAAUAAAUAAACAAGUACCUUUAAUAUAUUUUUAAACCUCAUUUUUAAUCACGAAUUCAACUUCGGAUAUUCCGUAGUCAUCUUCAUCCAGUGUGGAUUAUUCAUCCGAUAAAUCAUUUAUGUUAGGUAAUGAUAAUUCGUUCUGAUAAUUGUAUCUAAAGACUCCUCAUUAGCCUUUUUUUUUCGUUGGAAAAACGCAUUUACGCGUUUCCCCCACAUGAGGUGGGGGCGUAUGUGGGACUCACCGGUACUGAAGGGGCCGGAAUACCCACUAAAAACCAGCGGUGCUUACGGUGGGGGAAGAAGGUGCGCAUAGCGUCGGCGCCUCUUCCCGGGUCUUCUUCGGCGGAGCGAAUUAGCGGCGGCUGACCUCGCCUCUCGCUCUCGCUCCGCGACCUCCUUCUGCAACAUGACACUCGCAAAAAGAGACCAUCUCCAUCCAACACCUCUCGCUGCUAAUCAUAGCGUUAAUCACGCUCGGCAGCGAGAGGUCUCCGCUAACUAUCGCCGCCAGGGUAUGCCUCUGGGUCCCCCACGCAGCACACUCCGUCAAUGUCUCCGUCCGUGGCGCACCACACUCAUGGCAGGAGGGUGAUAUCUCCCGCCUCGCUAUCCCGUGUAGGUACUUACCGAAACAGCCAUAUCCGGUAAGCACCUGCGUCAGUCUAAACGUAAGUGUGCCACUCCUUCAUGUUACCCAUCGAUUCAAGUUUGGGCGAAUCGCCUCCACUGUCGCUAGGCCUGCUGAUGGGGAUCCCAGGUCCUCCUCCCAUCUGCGAAUGAGAGCUUGUUGGGCUACAGACCUGAUUCGCCCCACCUCCGCUGAUCCUGGACGGUCGCCAUUCGCCCUGGCUUCCACCCGAAACCGAUGCACUUCCGCGAGUACCUCGGCCUGGAAUUCCCAGGGCGGAUCACUCGCAAGAAGUGUCGCCGCCGUUCACGACGCCGUACGGUAACCUCGUAUCGCUUUCAUUGCUAUAACUCUGCCGUCUCCUCAGAAGAGCUCUAUUAUGAGCGGUGAGAGCGUCUACCCAUAUGGGUGCACCAUAUAGCGCCAUGGAGCGCAGUACACCGGCGUAUAAUCGCCGGCAUGGUGAUUCCGGCCCUCCCAUAUUAGGUAGGAGGCGGCCUAAGGCGGCGGCGGCAAUAAUGAGUUUCGGGCUCAGUUGGACAAAGUGUUGCCUGAAGCUCUUUCUUCCGUCCAGGAUCAGACCCACAUACGUCAUCUGGGCCUUCACCUUUAUCACUGUCCCUUGGACUGUGAUACACGCUCACGAGGGGGGAGUCCCGACGUGGACCGUAGAAUAAGAGGGCCUCCGUUUUAGAGAUGGAGACCUUCAAGCCCAACAUUUCUAUCCGGUCCAUCGUGACUCCUAAUGAGGAGUUUACACAGGCUAAUGAGCCUGAAAUUAAUUUUCAUCUUUAAUAGCAUGAGUUUCACAAUAAACAUUUCUCCAUUCCUCUUUAUACAAUAGAUAUAGUAUUCAAUUUUUCCUCAGCUUUAUUAUUAUUUCAUUAUUAAAUUCAUAUUCAUUGUGAUUUUUUGCGAUUUUUAAAUAUUUAUAUAUACUUAUAAUGAAAAAUAUAUGGGUUUUUUAUAAACUAAUUAGUGAGGUAACAAUAAUAAACAAAUUGACACUUUUAGCACUACUGCAAGAAUUCAAGGCGUGAUAACUAGCGUUACCUGGUUUUUACUGGUGUUAGUCAAUGCGUAUUUCACUAUUACAAACGGAAAAACGUCUCCAAGCUAAUUUAUCUGUAUUUGACAAGUUUAUACCUAUAAUGUAUAGCACAGAAAAUCUAAUAAAUAAAAUUAACAAAAAAUAUUUUCUAAGAAAUUGUCAUUUGAAAUGUAAAUAUUUAAUUGUAUAUAAUGCGAUUAAAUAGAAUUAAAAUGUAUAUUUUAAUAGUGAAUGUUAAAUGGAACCAAAUAACUAGUCUGCUUAAACUAUGUCAAUAAUAAUUAUAUAAAUGAACGUCAAAUAAUUCAUUAAAACAAUAUUUUUAAAGGGAAUAAUACUUAUAAAACUCUCAAUAAACAUUUGAGUCCUGGUUUUUGUUUCCACUAGUUUGGAUACUUUGUAUAUUUUUUUUUUCUUAAUAACAUAUAAUUAUUGGUCGAGCUUACAUAGUUAAGAUAUUUGUCUUCCUGAACAGUUCUCGAUUAAUUUAAUAUAGAAGUUAGCUUUUUAUUAUGAAACAAUAGUCAAAUCCGCUUUUAAUAUCAUAAUAUAAGUAUAAUUCAUGCAAGAUUAUUACAGCAAAUCAUGGUCUAUAACGAGUUUGUUAUUAUAAUUAUACAAUGCGCUUUUUUAUUAUAAUACCUACCAGAAACUCAUGACCAAAUCAUAAAAGAGUGCGAUGAAAAUAUACUCAAUAAAUAUAUAUGUUUCUAGAGAGUAAAUGAGUUAAUUUUAUAGUCAAUUGUAAAGAUUUUUUUUCCAGACUUAAUUCGUUUGUGUAUUUACAAAAAGCUUUGAUUUAUAUUUCAAAUAUCUAAUUACUAAUAAUAUUCACCCGCUUACAACAUGAGGUGUAUAUGUACACUUUGUUGAGACAUGGUUUAAUUUAAAUAAAUCUAUUAAUUACUUUUUAUGAAAAUAAAGUAUUUAUAUAAAUAAAUACCUGCAAUGAAGUUCAUAUAUUUUCUAAUUUGUGCCAAAAUCAAAAUCUUGAUUGGAUGAAUGGUAUCAUUUUUUUUUAAUAUAAGUAAUGAACUAAAAUUAAUAAUAAUAAUUAAUAUUCACCCAAUUGAUUUUUGCAGAUAAUAAAUAAAACUUAAUUUAUUAUAUUUUAUGAGUUACUUACAUAUUAAGUUCAUACUUAAUAAUUUCAAAACCAACUAUAAAAUUGUACUUACUCUAAUCACAUUUCCUUUGAAGUUGUGUAAAUCUGAAAUUGCUGUGUAGUUAAUUUUGCAAUCUUUAUCUGGCACUUAUGGCCUACUAGACCUAAAUAUAAUUAUAAAUUGGUGUUAACUUGAUGAGUCCACGUACUAGACUAAAUGAGCCGUUAUUUGGUGUUAGUUUAUUUAGUAGUCGUAAUUGCUGUUACCUUUGCAUGAAUCAUUGUAGUUAGGCAGCAGAAACAAGACGAUAAUCAAAUUUAAUAAUGCUACACGAAAUACAUAUCAGUAAACUGUCAACUUUAAAAAAUUUCGGUAGCGUUUUUUAAAAUAAAUUUGUUUAAAAAAUAUUGCAUUUAUUGUUGUCAUUCAAUAAAUAAGUUCAACUAAUUGAAUACAAUCCAAUUGUAUACAAUCGCUAUUCACUGUAACAAAGGUUAUUAAAUUAGCGACAUUAAUAAAUGCAUAUACUUAAAAAGAAGCGUUUUAUUAUCGCUGCCAACGUUUUUCUAGCAUCGUAUUAAGUAUCCAUGAGUACCAUCGUAAUAAGUCGAUAUGAAUGAAUACUUUGUUAGAAACAGAGAUUAUAAUUAGAUAUGUAUUUGAAUAUUGAAUUGUUUAUUUACAAAUGUAUGUGUAUUUUUUAGAAAAAUAAAUAAAUUAACAUA